ACCGCCUGCUUGUCAAAUCGAGCUUCCUCCUCCUCCGCUUUACUGUCCCCUCCCAGCGGGUCUCCCUCCCUGUGCCACUGCGGUGAAAGCCUCCUCGCUAAAGGAGAGAUAGAGCCUGAAGCUGGGCGGAAAGACCGGACGGAGCGUCGGAGAGCAGCGAUACAAACCAAACAAACAAGCUAACCCCUGUUCGUUCUGCUCCUGAGCUCGGCGGCCUACAGACUCCCUCCCCCGUCGUUCCUCCUCUCCUUUCUCACCGCCUGGAUUUCAUCAUCCGACCUGCACGAUGGGAAAUGAAGCCAGUUACCCCCUGGAAAUGUGCUCACAUUUCGAUGCUGAUGAGAUUAAGAGGCUAGGGAAGAGGUUUAAGAAACUCGACCUAGAUAACUCUGGCUCCCUCAGCGUGGAGGAGUUCAUGUCCCUGCCAGAGCUGCAACAGAACCCACUGGUGCAAAGGGUGAUUGACAUAUUUGACACAGAUGGUAACGGAGAAGUGGACUUUAAAGAGUUCAUUGAGGGAGUCUCACAGUUCAGUGUCAAAGGGGACAAAGAACAGAAGCUUCGGUUUGCCUUCAGGAUCUACGACAUGGACAAGGAUGGCUACAUCUCCAAUGGCGAGCUCUUCCAGGUUUUGAAGAUGAUGGUAGGAAACAACCUGAAGGACACACAGCUCCAGCAGAUCGUGGACAAGACUAUCAUCAACGCAGACAAGGACGGAGACGGCAGGAUAUCCUUUGAAGAGUUCUGUGCAGUGGUGGGCGGCCUCGAUAUACACAAAAAGAUGGUGGUGGACGUGUGAGCGCUGCUCCGCUCACUGGCACCCCCCCCCCCCCCCCCCUUUCUCAACACUCGCUUUCUCCACCAUCUCUGAAGAUCUGCUCGACGUCCGGCAAAACACUCUGUGCAACUCAAUGGAAGUAUUCUCUUCUUCCCCCUCUCCCCCCCUUCUCUCUCUCUCUCUCUUUUCUUAAAAAACAAAACAUAAAAAAACCCACAGGCCUCGUGAAGCCAACUUUGAAGUGUUAUUGAACUGCGAAUCGUCUCAAUAACCCGGCCGCAGCACUUUAAGAGACUGGAGGACGUCAUUCAUCAUUGGCGAGAGCAUCUGUAUUUUGGUUUUCUUUUUUGGAUGAGGGAGGAAAAGGGGGCGUAACAAAGAGGCUGGUUGGCUUGUUCAUAUUUCAUCUUUUUUUUUUUGUUUAAUUGUUUUUGAUAUUUAUUUUUUUGUUCUUGUCUUUUAUAAAGAAGAAAAUAAGUAUAUCUAUGGUUGUUUGGUGAGGGGAUGUGUAUAGUAUAUUAACAUUUGACUUACAGUACAACUACAACGUAGGGUAUGAAGUGCCAACCAGAACAUAUCCAGUAACUAGUCCCAAGUUAUCACCCAUCAUCACCGCCACACAAUCCCGACUGUGACGCUUCAAAUUCUUUAAAAUCACUUUACAGGCUAAAUUUGACUUUUUUUUUUUUUUUUUUGUCCUUGUACACUUGAGCAGUUCGAUUUGCGUGAUUACGCACAGCUGUUUUCUUUUUGUAAACAACUUUUUAUUUAUGCUUCAGUCACAUUUAUAUUUCCUGAUAAUGAAAUUAUAGCUAGGUUACAUUAAAGCCAAGAAAAUGUCUUUCCAAACCGAUUUGUGGCUGCGACAUUUUUGCUGAGUAUUUUUUUUUUUAUUUUUGCAUCUUCAGUCAGAACGACAUCUAACGCAACAAUAAGUUGUGCACCCACCUACCCACACGCACAUGGAAUCAGAACUUUAAAAGAGGCUCCGUGAGAAAAGGGAGGUAUGGAAUACCGUUGCCGCCGUGCACUGUUUGGUUGAGCACAUGGAGAUUUUAGAGACUUUAAUUUGCAGGCAACAUUUUUUCUUUUCUUUGUGUUUUGGGAAAUUGGCACGUGUGCAGCGACAGACGCUCUGAUGCGGGACGGGUCGGUUUCUCCAGACACGGAACACUUAACUUGUUGGCGUGAUCCGUGUGCAAUGGGCUAGACUGUAUAUGUUUGUUUGUUUUUAAAGUUUUUAAUUCAGAACGUGUACAUUUCAAAAGUUGGCUUCUUUCUGUCACAGUCACUUCAUUAGCCCCGCCUCCUUUUCCCCAGCCGCUAAUUUGAAUGAGGAGAAAGCAUUUAAAAUUUCAAAGGGUGAAAAUGCUUCCUGCUCGGGAGGGAAAAUAAACCCAAUAAAAACACGGCAUUGGGAUAAACUUUAUGUUUGGCUUCGGAGGCUGACCGCUGGCUUGAAGUGGAGUUUUGCGUCAGAGAUGUGAAUCCGGAGCGCCCUGGUGUCUUUUUACCCCAAAGCUCUGCACGGCUUGGGCCUCCCUGUGCUUGCAUGACAUGGAAAUAUAUUUUUUUUGUUGUGCAUGUAGAUCAAUUUUUAAAAUAAUCCUCUUGUUUACACAUGGAUGGUGAUGUUAAUAUAUUUAAGAAUUUAAUGGUAUACAAUAUGGAUGUUGCCAAACUUUGGUAAAUGUACACAUAUUAUGAGAGAUAAUCCAAAUGAACUGAACUACAUGUAUCUUUUUGUAUUUUACUCGGGUCAGCCAGAUGCUUCUAUUCCAGUAACGGUUGCGUAUCUGAUCCUGUCUCAAACUGCCACACACUGUACUCAGCUUAAAGGGGAAAUUAGAUGUUUUUGUUUCUUCUCUCUUUCUUUUGUAUAUAAGUAUUGGUUCAAUGCAGUUCUGGCUCUCUGUUCUCUGUAUAGUUCAGACCGCGCUUUAGUUUGUAAGUGCUUCUUCUUCUCUGAGGGGUUGUUUGGGUUCUUUUUAGUUUGUGUGGGAAUAUCAGAAAAAGAUUUUUAAGUUUGACAACCGUUUUUCUUUUCUUUGGGGUGUUUUUUUUUGGUUCGUUUUUCUGCAUGCUGCAUCUUAUGCUGUGGGACUGUUGGAAACUUGAUACUUAUGAAGAUUAAAUAAAAUUUAAAUAAACUUUGAAAUGUUGAAAAUACUGCAAAUACCAA